GUUGUUGCGGAAACCCUUUGGAAGGUUGGGGUUUUUUGUUUGUUUGGUUGUUUUGGAUUUUUUUUUUUUAACUGUAAGCCACCUGGUCUGUACGAGCCCGGAGUCCCCGGGGCAUGUCGCCUGCACGGGACCUGGGAGUCUGAGCAAUUGCAGGCGCGAGAUCGUUUAUGGAGCUUGGGGAGGGGGCCGAGCCCUCGAUCUUGCCCCGUGCCCGCCGCCUAGGUCAUGCUCCAUCAGUGCGCGGAGCUGCGGCCGCCCGGCCUCCGGGACUAAGCCGGGAGCCGCGAGAGGAGGAGGCGCCGGCGGUGGAGCGGGACGGAGAGCCGCGGCGGCGGGCGGACCCAGUACUAUGGCUGUGUACUGCUAUGCCCUCAAUAGCCUGGUGAUCAUGAACAGCACCAACGAGCUCAAGAGUGGCGGCCCCCGGCCCAGCGGCAGCGAGACGCCCCAGCCCACCGGGAGGCCCGCGCUGAGUCCCGGCAGCGUCUUCAGCCCCGGGAGAGGCGCCUCCUUUCUCUUCCCCCCAGCAGAGUCGCUGUCGCCAGAGGAGCCCGGGAGUCCUGGGGGUUGGCGCAGCGGCCGGCGCAGGCUGAAUAGCAGCAGUGGCAGCGGAGGCGGCGGCAGCAGCAGCAGCAACAGCAGCAACAGCAGUAGUGGCGUGGGCAGUCCCAGUUGGGCUGGCCGCCUGCGAGGGGACGCGCAGCAGGUGGUGGCGGCCCGCGUCCUCUCCCCACCUGGGCCAGAGGAGGCCCAGAGGAAGCUGCGGAUUCUGCAGCGCGAGUUGCAAAAUGUGCAGGUGAACCAGAAAGUGGACAUGUUCGAGGCGCAAAUCCAGGCACAGAGCUCUGCCAUUCAAGCGCCCCGAAGCCCGCGUUUGGGUAGGGCUCGUUCGCCCUCCCCGUGUCCCUUCCGGAGCAGCAGCCAGCCCCCCGGAAGGGUCUUGGCUCCGUGCUCCCCAAGUGAGGAACGGAGAACAAAGUCCUGGGGAGAACAAUGUACAGAGACCCCGGAUGCCAACUCCGGGAGGAGAAGCAGGCUCAGCACACACCCCUCGAAGGACAAGGAGGGAGUGGCCCCUCUUUUAGGCCCAGCCAGCCCGACCAGGUUAGGGACUCAGAGUCCAUCCACUUCAGUGAGAAUGGAAAGAGGUACCCCGGCCAGUCCCCGCUGCGGCUCACCCACACCCAUGGAAAUUGACAAGAGGGUUGCUCCCUCACUGGAGCACUUUGGAACUAGCUUAACGUUGGCUACUAAAGUGGCAGCUUCAGCGGCAUCCGCUGGACCACACCCUGGAAUUGAUUCUGCCCUCGUGGAGACAGCCUGUGAGCUCGGGGGCAUGAGCCCCUGGGAGGCCCAGAUGGAGAGACGAGGGCAGUUUCUGGGCAGGGAGACCGGUUCAGUCCCAGAGCCUGUCCGGACCCACAUUAGAGAACCCCCUGGAAGGGUGGGAAGAGGAAUUCACUCUGUUGGUGGGCAGGGCUCCUGGACACCUGAAGUCAUCAAAAGGCCAGAAGAGAGGACUGUGACUGCUCAAAGCUCAGAGCCCUCGGAGGAUCCGAGAUGGUCUGGACUGCCUGGAGACCUGGGUUCCAUAGGACCUGAGAAGGGAGGAAGUAGGAUUCCAGGAAUCAGAGGACUCCAGCAGACCCUGGACAGUGUGAGAGAAGGGUCUCCAGCAGUGGGCUUGCUUGGGGGCAGCCAGGCAGCACAGCCAGGGAGCAGGGAUGUGGAGGCAGGAGUUCAUUAUGGUGGAAUGCUGGAACCUUCACCACCUGGGGAACCCCAGUGCCUCCCCGGGGACAGUGUGGGAAUGCAGCCCGAGAGUUCCCUAGUUUGGCCCAGUGCUGUGGAGGAAGCUUCCCAGAUCUGGACGUGUGACACAGGGGUACAGUUGAAGGGGACUUGGGGAAGCCAGCAUCGAGAUGGAGAGGCUCACCCUAGCUGCCAAGAGACGCCCGCAGACCAGAAGGACGAGGCCUCCUUAAAAGAGGCCUGCAGCCCCAGCAACAUACCGGCCAUCCCUUCAGUCGUUAUUACAGAUGUGGGUGAUCAGGAGGAUGGAGGGUUAGAGGAGAUCCAAGGAAGCCUUCGGGGCCCCCUGCCUCUGAGGAAGCUGUCGUCCUCCUCAGCCUCCUCCACCGGCUUCUCCUCUUCCUAUGAGGACUCGGAGGAAGACAUCUCCAGUGACCCUGAGCGCACUCUGGACCCCAACUCCGCCUUUUUGCACACCCUGGACCAGCAGAAGCCCAGAGUGAGCAAGUCAUGGAGGAAGAUAAAGAACAUGGUGCAGUGGUCCCCCUUUGUCAUGUCCUUCAAGAAGAAGUACCCCUGGAUCCAGCUGGCAGGGCAUGCAGGGAGCUUCAAAGCAGCCGCAAAUGGCCGCAUCCUCAAGAAGCACUGUGAGUCCGAACAGCGUUGCCUGGACCGGUUAAUGGCGGAUGUGCUGAGACCCUUUGUGCCAGCCUACCAUGGGGACGUGGUGAAGGAUGGAGAGCGCUACAACCAGAUGGACGACCUGCUGGCUGACUUCGAUUCGCCCUGUGUGAUGGACUGCAAGAUGGGUGUCAGGACGUACCUGGAGGAGGAACUCACCAAGGCCCGGAAGAAGCCGAGCUUGCGGAAGGACAUGUACCAGAAGAUGGUCGAGGUGGACCCUGAGGCCCCCACCGAAGAGGAGAAAGCCCAGCGAGCUGUGACCAAGCCACGUUACAUGCAGUGGCGGGAAACCAUCAGUUCCACAGCCACCCUGGGCUUCAGGAUCGAGGGCAUCAAGAAGGAAGAUGGCUCUGUGAACCGUGACUUCAAGAAGACCAAAACGAGGGAGCAGGUCACUGAGGCCUUCAGAGAAUUCACUAAAGGAAACCAGAAUAUCCUGAUCGCCUACCGGGACCGGCUGAAGGCCAUUCGAGAAACCCUUCAAGUCUCUCCCUUCUUCAAGUGCCACGAGGUCAUUGGCAGCUCUCUCCUCUUCAUCCAUGACAAGAAGGAACAAGCCAAGGUGUGGAUGAUUGACUUUGGGAAGACCACACCCCUUCCGGAAGGCCAGACCCUACAACACGACGUCCCCUGGCAGGAGGGCAACCGGGAGGAUGGCUACCUCUCAGGGCUGAACAACCUCAUCGACAUCCUGACGGAAAUGUCCCAGGGCAACCCACUCACUUGAGGCCACCGUCACCGUGCAUAGCCGUGCCACCUUGCCUGCCACUUCUGCCUGUCGCCUCUCUCCUCCCCUAAUUCUUCCUUUUCCUGUCUGAGCACCUACCUAGAAUGGAGCCUCCCGUCUGCACUACAGGUCACUUUGGAGAAGAAAAGAGAGAUUUUUUUCUUCUAGAUCUUUAUUCUCCCCCACCCCACCCCCACUUCCCACACAGGGGCCAGGAGGUGGCGUUUCUAAUUCUCUUUAAAUAGAACUACCUUUUUGAAGAGAAUUACACAAACUUAGGCCCCACAUCCUGUUACACUUAGAGCCAGCAAGGGUCUGGGAACCCUGGAUGCCUGGGGUCUUGAGAGAUUAAGCCUCCCUCUGGGAGACACUUUUCCUCAACCCAGAAAGUUCUGGCCCAGACUGGCUACCAGUGGCCUUGCUGCCCCCUAGUGGCUGGUGCCAUCAGUAGACACAAUCUCAUUUGUGCCUCCCACUAUGGAGGAAAAGCCAGGCCAGGGUCCUGAUUUCUGGAAUUUGGGCAUACAAUCUCUGGGGAUCUGCGUCUGGCUUAUGAGCGAAGUCUCCUCCAGUGAGAAGCCCCAGUUCCCAGGGACACUGAGUGACUUCUCUAGAGAUGCUAAAAUCAGGGCCCCCACCUUGCUGUUGUUUAAACCCUUGGGACCCAGGCCAGCCUAGGAAGAGUAGAUCUCCAUUUCUAAAGAACUUCACCCUUCCAUCUGGGAGCGUGGCCCAUGAAUUCGGAGCAGACGUUCUGCAAAGCUGGGCUUCAGGGGAUGACAUCACAUCCUAAAGCUCUGCUUGCUGUCCUUAAUCUGCUUGCUAUGGAAAGGUCCAGAGCUGGGAAUAAUCCUCAAGGCUCUCAACAACCUCCAGGAAUCUGCAACAGCUCUGAGAGCCAGCCAUGCCCAGGAGAGCCAUCACUAGGCCUUAGGGAAGCAGGAUUCUGGCUUCCUGGAAUGAUUCCUAAAUUUCCCUUGAAAAAAAUCACUCACUCCCAGCUUGAAGGACUUAGACCCAUGUUUCUCCUUGUAAUUUAGUAGUUGCCAGGGUUCAGAGGGCUGCCCAGGGCUGCCCAAACCUUCUCCUUCCUGGAGUUCUAAGCUUCUUGAAGGGCUAUGGGGAGAUCAUUGUUAAUCACCACUUCAGCUCUGAAGCAAGUAGCUUCUCUGAUUGAAAAGAGUGUAUGAUUUGUGUGACUUUUAAAAAACAAAACUCCUAGCUCUGUUCCCGUUGGGAGCUAUCCACUGCUCCUCUGGGUUUGUCACCUCCUCCUACUGAGAGACUCCGGAUCACGUGUACAGAGGCUUCUCUGGGUUCCACGCCAGCAGGCACUGAUGAGGGACCAAAGGAAAUGGGGUAGACCAACGUGUACACACCUGGCAACAUAGCUUUGGGCAGGGGUGGCGUCUUGGCUGCCUACCCCAGCUCCCUGGGGUUUCUAGAGCUGUCGGCCCAUGUGCUUCCCUUCAUGCUGGGUGGGUGAGUGACAGUUAGUGGGGGCGGGAGGUGGGACCCACGAGGAUGUAUAAGUACAGAUUUUUAAAAAGGAACUCGUUUAAACUUCCUGGCUCCUAUUCAGAUGGGUGGUGAGCUCCUGUGUGGGCUGACUUGCUAAAGGUCACGCCCCCUGCGCCCCAUCAUUGAGCCCAGACCUUGUGACAGCACAUGAUUGGGAAGAUGGGCAGCCUGGUAUGGGGGGAGGGCAGUGGCAACUAGGCAGCCAUCUCUGGGGCUCUCCAGCAGUAGCUGCUGGGGGGUUUGAGGUGACCUCAUGGUCUGUACAUUGGCCAUUUGUUGGGAAGAGGUAUUGUUAAUUCCAAGACUCUACAGCUGUGAUCUGGCCAAAAGUUCCCUCCUGUUGUCUCAGAAAAUUGUAUGCGAAAGCAAACCUAGCUAUGAACAACAACAACAAAAAAAAAAAAAUGUUAGGGACCAGUUUAACGUAUGUAAAGAACAAAACACAUCGAGCCCUUUAGGAAGGUGCCACCUGUCACAAUAAUGCACUAAGAUACUGUGACUGGGGGGGCCCGGUUAGCAAGAGCCUCAGGACGGUGCUGGGUGUGUCGUGGGUGGGAAAGUGGUGUGGAGAGGCAUCCUUCUAGGGUUAUUCUGUUGCCAAGGGUGUCUUGCUUAGCUGGGGUUUGUAUUUACCGUGCUAGUACCCACUCUCUAUCUCCCAAACCAUUCUCACUUCUAUCCUGCCAGAGGCCCAGCCUUCCUGGCCCUACUGGGAUGGACAGAGCUCAGAUGGAAUUUCCCAGAACCUCCGGCAGUCUGCUAAACUGAGUUCUGGGAGUCCUGGUGGGGACUCCCAAGGUCCUGGCCAUACAGGUGCUGGGACACGGGACAGGCCGCAUGUGCCUAUGUGCGGGGUCCACAGGGGCCCUUCCUGCUCUUAGGCCACCAAAUGUCUUGCUGGUCAGCUCUGCUUUGCACACCCUGAAGGUUGCUUCAACGGCUUCCCCCAGACUAGACAUUAGUGCCCUUUAAGAAGUGUUUAAGUUAUAUUUAUUUUGGUUGUUUUUGUUUUUGUUUUUGUUCUAAUUGCACAAAACACUAAGAUGAAAGGGCUGGGCCGUUCUUCCUAAGCUCUGCCUGCCUUCUGGGGCCUUCCCUUCGUGGCCGGAGGAACCCUGAGCAGGUAUGGCUGCAAGACAGAUGCUGGUCACCUUUGGUUGGCUGUAUUUAGCUUCGAGAUCGCCUGUAUUCUGACGACCCCUCUGUGUAUAGCCCCUCCCCCCUUGAUCCAGGGCGCUUGCCCAUCAGUGCCUUUGGGGAGGAGAGGGUCUUCCUGCACCCUGACAGGCAGGCUCUCCUCCUCUGAACUCCUCCUCUCCCCUUCGGGACUGUUACAUCCCCUGCCCUGUGCCCCUCAGUCAACUGUAGAUGCUAUCUCCCUUCCCAAUAAAGGCUUUGGAGACCA